AUGCACCAAUUAUUGUUUGAACAUGCCAUCUCCAAGUUCAACCAUUCUCCAUUGGAAGUGCUCAAGAUCUACAAUGAGCUCAAGUAUCUCAACUUAGAUAACCUCGAUUCGCUGAAGGGUCAUUUCCCUUCCAAACCUCAUAUUGCCUCUGUUAAUUCAUUAUCGCUAGAUCCGGUUCAUGAACGCUAUUUGUUUUCGGGAGGCGGCGAAUCGGCAAUAAAGAUGUGGGAUCUUGAUCAGCAAGGUGAAAUUGAGGAGCUGGAACCAAUUUUUGAGCUUCCGGCCAAGUCUGCACACAAAUUCGGCAUCACCCAUUUAAAAUGGUGGUCUGAUAAUGGUCUUUGGCUCUCUUCAUCCUUUGACCAUACUCUAAAAGUCUGGGAUGCAAACGAAAUGAGGGAGGUUCACUCCUUCAAUCUGGGGUCACGGAUUGUUAAUUUUGAUUUUGAGGAUCAUGGAGGAAACUCGUUGGUAGCCGUAUGUGCAGACGGUGGAGUUGGAGGACUCAGGCUGAUGGAUUUGCGAACAUUGGCCAGUACACACACGCUAGGAGGCGGGGGAAAGCUUCAAGGCGGGUUUGGAUAUAUGCUUAGUUGCAAGUGGUCACCAGCCAAUCCCUACCUGGUUGUCGGUGGUAGCCAAGAUGGCUAUUGUAUUGGAUGGGAUGUGAGACGCUCUGAUGGAUCAAUUUUUAAGCUGGACUACAAUCUCACGACAAUCAACUAUAGAAGUAAUACCAGACAGUUGUUAUUGCACGAAAAUAUACCCAAGGCUCACAACGGCGGAAUCAACUCGAUACUUUUCACUGAAGAUGGAGCAGAAAUGGUGACUCUGGGGUCUGAUGACAAGAUCAAAGUUUGGGAUCUGACCAGCUCGUCGAAGCCGCUCAAUAAGCAGGUAAACUUUGGACCCCUUAUAAGGAAUAAGUCAAAUCAGCACAUCACUAUGGCGUUAAGCCCCAUCAACGAAACAGAGCUACAAUAUUUAUGGUUCCCAUCUGAUAAUGGAGAAUUGCUCGUUUACCGGCUAGAAGACGGUAAAUUGCUUGCACGAUUGAAUAAAGGCGGUGGUGCAAUCAACAGAAGAACAACCAGUAUUGUUUAUGGGAAACGAAGCUCGCUCAAGUAUUACAGUGGUUGCCAAGACGGGACCAUUUCAACAUGGGGCUACAAUCCUUUGCUGGAAUCUCAGUCAAAAGAGGACAACCUGGAAUUUGAGAGCGGCGAAAUGUCCUCUAACCAUAUUGAGGAGCCCAAAUCAGACAUUUUGAACCGAAUUCACGAUGAAAUGGAAGCCAACCAGAUCCGCGCUAAAAACACGGACUUUUAA